AUGGCCGGACCGUAUUUGUCGUCAUUGCCGGGCGAUUUGUUGACGGAAUACAUGUUCGGUAGAAGAAGACAACGAAGAAAUCGGACGACGUUUAGUCCGCAACAGUUGCAAGAACUUGAGGCUCUGUUUCAAAAGACUCACUAUCCCGAUGUGUUUCUUAGAGAAGAAGUGGCCUUAAGGAUAAGCUUAUCGGAAGCUAGAGUGCAGGUGUGGUUUCAAAACAGAAGAGCCAAAUGGAGGAAACAAGCCAGGCUCCAACUUCUUCAAGAUGCAUGGCGGAUGCGUUGUUUAGGAAUAACCUCUCCACAGAUUAUUUUAUCAGGAAGACCGAACGGUCCGCUGCCAAAUCCGGGCGAACAUCCGGAAAAAACGGAUUAUCCGGUGAUGAAUCCCGGAUGUCCGAUGCCGUGCCAGUGCUCUCCAAGCGCGGGAUCCCGCAGUCCGCACAGCUUAAGAAGUUCGCCCAGUCCUCGGCCCAUUUCUCCGGGCGGGCCCGACGAUCUGUCCCUGACGAAAAAGCCCACGCACGUCACUGACGCUUUCGGACUGGACAAAAGACUCACAAACAACAAUCAUCCUGUAGAUACUUAAGAAAAGUUUGUGUUUUUUAAGGAUACUGUUAGUAUCGCCCAAAUGAA